AUCCAUCACAGUCUUAGGCUAGCAUCUCUCUCUCUCUCUAAAACUAACCCUCCCAAGCAAAGUGAAACCCUUUCUCUCUCUCUCUCUCUCUGUCUACGUCGUCGUAAGCCAUAGCCACCGCCGAGCUUGAGCUCGCCGCAGCUGGAACAGAACCCAAUUGGGCUGGCGGCCGAAAGGGACGCACGCGGCGCGUUUCGUCGAUGUAUUCUAGCUUUUGUUAAAGGGAGUUCUUUUUUUUUGGGGGGGUGGGGUUGGAAUUGUCUUAAUCUCGAGGAUCCGAUUAAAGGUUGGGGAUUUUAAGAUUGAGUGUGGAUUUUCUUUUGUGGGUUUGUGAGAACCAGGGGUGUGGAAAUGUAUGUGGUGCCUCCGCCUCAGCGUUCGGAUCCGGGUUCCGGAUCCGCCUUUGGGUCCGGUGAUUUGAGGGUUUAUCAAGCUUGGAAAGGCAGCAAUAAAUUUUUUCUUCAAGGAAGGUUUAUUUUUGGACCUGAUGUGAGAUCAUUGGGCUUGACCAUCUUCCUCAUUGUUGCUCCUGUCACGAUUUUCUGCAUCUUUGUCGCCAAAAACCUUAUUAAUGACUGGGGUCAUCACUGGGGAAUAUCAGUAAUGGCUGUUGCUGUUAUAUUCACUAUCUAUGUAUUAGUUCUUCUCCUCCUAACCUCUGGAAGAGAUCCUGGUAUUAUUCCUCGCAAUGCUCACCCUCCUGAGCCAGAAGGCUAUGACGGGAGUAUGGAUGUUGGGGCUGGACAAACUCCACAACUACGCCUGCCUCGUAUCAAGGAAGUAGAGGUCAAUGGAAUGACUGUUAAGAUUAAGUAUUGUGACACUUGUAUGCUCUACCGACCUCCUCGCUGCUCUCACUGUUCGAUAUGCAAUAACUGUGUAGAACGAUUUGACCAUCAUUGCCCUUGGGUUGGGCAGUGUAUAGGGCUGCGAAAUUAUAGAUUCUUCUUCAUGUUUGUCUUCUCAACGACCCUUCUUUGUAUAUAUGUAUUUGCAUUCUGCUGGGUCUACAUAAGGAGAAUUAUGGCCGGAGAAGACAUAACAAUUUGGAAAGCAAUGAUAAAAACUCCAGCAUCCAUUGUGCUAAUCGUUUACACUUUCAUAUCCAUGUGGUUUGUUGGUGGUCUUACAGCUUUCCAUUUAUAUCUCAUCAGCACAAAUCAGACUACAUAUGAGAAUUUCCGAUAUCGAUAUGAUAGGCGAGCCAACCCCUACAAUAAAGGAGUUGUUGAUAACUUCAAGGAGAUAUUCUGCACCAGCACCCCUCCAUCCAAAAACGAUUUCAGGGCAGUGGUGCCAAGGGAAGCCGGGUUUCCUCCUGGUCGAUCUGGUGGUGGGGGCUUUAUGAGUCCAAACAUGGGAAAAGCCGUGGAGGACAUAGAAAUGGGAAGAAAAACAGUAUGGGGAGACAUGGGAGCAGGGGCUGACCAUUUUGAGGGACAACUCAACAACAACGAGAGGGUGAAUGUAAAGGAAGGCGACUUAGGCGAAGUGUCCCCUGAUGUAAGGACUACAGUAGACGAUGUGGCAGAGCGUGGUGGACACCCAAGGCGAUCUAGUUGGGGAAGAAAAAGUGGAAGCUGGGAAAUGUCACCUGAAGUUCUUGCUCUGGCUGCUAGAGUGGGAGAACCGAACCGUAUUGGUGGGAGUACCAGUGGUAGUUUCGCCCCAAACGACAGUCGACAAGCGUAAGCAAUAGAAGCUAUGGAAUACCACUGGAUGAUGUAACACAAAGAGGCAUUUAAUUGGGGAGAUGAGAUGGAGUGGUUUUGAGGUUAGCCAUCUUCUGUGCUUGUUUAUUCAACUCUCCCAGCAUAAGAUAUUUCUGGCAAUGUGGGGAUUAACUUUGGCUGGAUGUUUGUAAGUUUGGUUUGGUCUUUGUGCUUCUUCUAGGAAGGAAAUGAUGGUGUGUUGUAUGAGUGAGCUUUCUUCUUCUGUCUUGAUUUUUUUCUUCUUCUUCUUCUUCUUUUAUUAUUGCUGUUGUGGAAUUAGUUAGCAUCUAAUUUUCUUGCAAUUAUGAAAUUAGAUCUCUUCCUCCUCCUAUCUAGAAACAAUAAUUUGGAAAUAUAUAAAUUUUUUUUUCA